CUUUGGUGUCCCAAAUACUUUCAUUCCUUUCUUCGACGGCACCGGUGGCCUCGGCCCUGCGUUUCAUAUUCUCUAAUCUUGCCGCUAUCCUAACAUUCUCUUGAUACACUCAUUCAUUUAUCAUCAAUAUGCAUGUACUAAGCACCCUUGCGAUUCUUCCCACGGUGGCCUUGGGCGCUGUGUUGCCCGCCGCUCUUCAGAGUGCCACCAAGAUUUUCAAGCGCGGCUCCGGGGGGGAGCUGUGUCUCCCUGGGCCCUACCAAGUCUGACAUCAUCAAUGCUGUGACCACCCUCAUUCCCGGUACUGGCCCCGUGACGCAGAAAGGUGAGCUUUUUCUCUGGCCUGGUAUGAGCAAUGGCACCGGUGGGUGAUCUAAUCUAGACUACCAUGGAGCGCUGGCCUAGCAACGCCUGGUGUGGUGCCACCACUGGCCAGUGGCGUGUUCGCGCCAGUAUAUUCGGGUCUUUGGGCCAGCUUGAUAGGACUGGCUCUGCUGUCAGCGGCGACGACCAUGUUCGCAUUGAGUAUGACCUGCUCUCAGAUGACAUAACCUGGGUGCAGACGGUCACCAAUGCUUUGACCGGGGCGGAGCUGUCAACAUACUCCUAUGCCGCCGGCCCUUACCUGACUGGCUACGGAACAGGCACCGAGUGUGACAGUGACUGCACAAGAACCGUGGCUCCUCAGCUUUAUCUCAACACCACCAUCACCCUUCGAGAGGCAGAUACUAGCUUCGGCGACACAAUUGCCUCUGCUGCAGGCGCCAGCUAUACCGGCAUGAGCUCUAGUGAGGGUGGAAAGGUAUAG